AUGCCUUCCACUGUGGCACAUGGUGUGACUGUGGCAGCCCCCACGAGGCCACAAUCUCCACCGAAGCGGAAGAAGGUCAACCGUGACGCCGCCACAGUCCGCAAAAUGGCAGCCCGCAACAAGCUCAAAAACCAAGAAAUCGACGCAGCGAUUUCGAAGUGGUACGACGACAGUGAGGCGCUCGCCAACAGCCUCGCAGAGCAAUAUGGUAACAAGCCCCAGCACUAUAUGAAUCAGAUGUUUUCCUCCGCAGACAAGUGGAUGCAUGCGCGCAAGCCGUCGGCCUGGAAUGCCUGGCUGAGUGCUCUGGCAACUCAAGCUAAUGAAGACACCGAUCCCGGAGACACCUCUCGCCUUCUCGACUUGCAGUCCGAAUACCGCGAUUCCUACGACAAGUUGACCCUGGAACAGAAGAAUUAG